AUGAUACCCGGAGGAGCCGUGAAUGACACUCCCCGCUCUUGUGUACCUGAUUUCAGGUCUUUAAACCAAUCGCGCAACUCUUAUCGACAAGCUUUCAUCUUCUUCGAGGCGCUUGUUCACUUUCCUCUAUCCAUUGAGUUGGCCACGCUGCAAUCAUCCUCUGAACAGAGUUCCGACUCAAUAGAAAAGGCUAUUGCUGUAUAA